AUGGUCGUCGUAUUGCUUGUAGAAGUUGUCGACAGGCAAAGGAAGCUCGAAGAACUUGAGCAGGAAAUACAGAAUCUCCGCUCGUCUAUGGCGACGGCACCGGAUCCAUAUGCCAAUUCCCGGCUGUUCGAAGGAACUGAUCUGCCUGUAAAUGAUUUCUCAGGGUCUCAGGGCACUAGCGUAUUAAGCCCACAGAUAUCAGCGAUGACCAACGAGCUUCCACCAGCCAUACCAGCUAUUUCAUUUGCCGAGAAGUCGGAAACCCCAAUCCAAACAUUAAGUUCUGCUAGUUCAAGAUCAAUAGACGCCGUAACGCUUGAUGGAUCUCAGAUCGACCAAUGCUUUCACCUAUUUUUUGGGAGAUAUCACCCAUACAUCCCAUUUCUCAACCCAAAACUCUCACCCGAAGACUAUUAUAGCAGAUCUCCUCUCCUUUUUUGGGUGAUUAUUUAUGUUUCUUCCCGUCGGAGUCCUAAUGAUCCUGGAUUGGAGGUCCGCUUAAUUCCUUCCGUGAAGAGGCUACUAUGGGAAUGUAUUUCCAAUCCACCUCAUACAUGGGAGCUAGUGCAAGCAAUCGUUUUAGUGUGUAUGUGGCCUUUUCCUACAUCAUCUCUCUCAACCGACAACACCGUUAUACUGGUUACAACGGCCCAAACAAUGGCUAUGCGACUUGGCUUGCAUAGACCUGAUGCAAUUCGAGACUUCUCUCGAACAAAUAGAAGACUAAGCCAAGAGGAGACUACAGAGUCAUUGAAGACUUGGGCUGCCUGCUUUAUUGCUAUCCAGAACGUCGUAUUUACCGACGGCCUGCCAUUGGUCUCUUCCGACCAUAUGAUUGACCGAAUCUGUGAUAAUAGAACACCCGGACUCGUUCCAGAGCGAUUAAGGGUGCAACUUGUCAUGUCUAGAUUUGUAGCACGCGUGUGUAGCGUAAUGGCCGGGUCUGCGAAAUUUCCGGCAAAUGGGAAGUCGUCUGGAGAGAACCUGUCUCUCUUAGCACUUCUGGAGCAGGAUUUUAUAGAUAUGAGCGCGGCAAUUUCGGACAAGCUCACACCGGAGACUAGCAUCAUGCUUGAUGGAAGUCGUCUCCAUCUAUAUGUUUUCUUUCUCCUCGAGUCUAGUGGAUCUGAUGUUCGCCGAAGAGCUCUUUUGCGAGCUUUCAACACAGCGACGACGCUGAUUGCCAAAAUGCGAGAUCUAGACACAACACAUGGUACCUUGGAGUAUGGACACUUCGUCAUGUUUCGCAGCCUCGCUCUGGCUGCGUCGUUUAUCCUCAAAAUCGGAUAUUCUAGUUACGCCCAGUAUCUUGAUUUCGAAACAGGAAAACAUUCAUUUUACACGGCAACUCAAUUGAUGAGGCGAACAUCCAUGGAAGACAAUGAUCUUCCGGGCCGGAUGUCGAAAAUUAUGACACAACUAUGGAGUGCGCAAGCUCGGAUAGAUCGAUCGAGUGAGGAGCCAAGCUUGAAACUCAAGACUCGCUUGUCCGGCAGUCUGUUACAUGACUUUUUGUGGAGCUGGAGGGAAACUUUUGGCGGGCAAGGCGAUGGGGCAGUAGAUGCACAGACUGGCGCUCUAGGCUCCUCUGAGAAUGUCGUGAAUGACGAUAACCAAACCUUUCAUUUCCCUUCAGAAAUUGGAGAUGACAUGUUGCAGUUUGAGUAUAUGCUCGAUUCUGAAUUUCUAUCCCUACUUCCAUUUACUUUUGAGGGCAACAUGUCUGUUGAUCAGUAG